AUGUUUGCAACCCUAACCCAAAAUGAAACGGCCGUCUCAUUUUUGCCACCGUGUCCGUUAGCUUUACCUAUGUGGCCAAACGUGCUGCUGACGUGCUCAUCCAAUAUCCCCGUGCGGAGGCUGUGCGGCUGUUUGGAUGAGGCCGAUGUUUUCACCUCUGGCACUGACGACAAUCCAUGUCGGAGGUUUUACAGGUGUCCAAAUAGAAAGGUAAAAGAUUGUGGUUUGUUUGAUUGGAUUGAUCCCGCAUUGCCUGAGUUCCAAAGGACAUGCUUCAUCAGAUUGAAGGCUGAAAAAAAGGCUUUAGAAGAAAAGUUACGGGCCAUGGAAAAACAGCACAAUGAUAGGUCGGGUGUGAAAGAA